UUAUCUGUGCCAAUAGUGCAGUUGUAAAAAAUAUAUAUAUUUAGAUUAGAUACCAAACAAUCACCACUACCCAGCAUCCUUCGCGUCAUCCACACCGCUUCGGCUAACCAACAUGGCAGCCUUGUGUAAGGUUGUGACAGGAUUGAGGACCCGCACAUGGCUGUUCCCUAUAAGACAAAUAUAUGGCCGUAUGUCUUUUUACUGUACAGCUAGCAUCGGUGGAUCAGACGGAGAUGCUGUCGUGGAAACGGUCAAACCAGCCUCGGAGAAACCUAAAAGUGGAUUUGCUGCAGCCUUCGAUCAGCACACAGAUCUCCAGCAGAGACAAGACCAGGCGACAGUUGCUGUCAGAGCAAUUUCCUUGAGGGAUGAGAAAUCAUUUGCGUCGAUGCUACGACACUCUCCUCUCAUGCAGAUGGGCCCAGCUAAGGGUAAAAUUGUCGUUGGCAAGAUAUUCCACAUUGUUAAAGACGAUCUGUACAUUGACUUUGGUGGAAAGUUUCAUUGUGUAUGCAAACGACCGUCGGUGGAUGGGGAGAAAUACCAGAGAGACAGCCGAGUUCGUUUGCGUUUGGAUGACCUUGAGCUGACGUCCCGUUUUUUGGGAGCAAACUCGGACACCACUUUACUAGAGGCGGAUGCCCUCCUUCUUGGAGUGAUUGAGAGCAAGGACUCAAAAACCAAACUGUAAUAGUUGCGUAGCCAGACAAACGCUGCGUUAAAGUUUGCAUGUUUAUUAUUUUGUCCCUAGACAUCAAUAAACACGAUAUUAUAAAUUUGGUGUUUGGGGCUCAUGUACCUUUACUUCUUAGCAGCUUGCACACUGCCCCAACAAACUCCAACAAAUCCCAACAUUCUAAAGUUGGCAGUUGUUGGUGAUUGUCUUUAGAAUGUCCAGAAAACCAAUGCCUCCACACUGCAGACAGUAACUUUUUUCAGCGAGCUAAUUACUUUUUCUGUGUGUUGUAGUAUCAUUUUAAGAUCAACGUCAUUCUGCGUUAUUUAUUGUGUGAUAAUA